UGCUGUCGUCGUCGUCGUCGUCCUCCUCCUCCUCCUCCUUCAGGCGGCUAUCCAAUGGAAAGUACGCUUGCUUUGUUGUCCUCAUCGUCCCGUUCUUGAUUCCCCUAUCUCCCUCUCUAUGCAUAACAAAGGAUCUCGUCAUAUUGCCGCGGAAACCAGGCUCAAGGAAAGGGUAAUAUCAAGAGAAGCAGAACUAAAUAAGAGACUUGCCUUAUCAGCUGAUUCUAAAGACGUGCCAAACUCUUCAAUCCCGAAUAAUGGAAUGAAGUGCGUCAAGGUUCAAAAAAAGCCACUGAUCGAGCAUACACGGAAAGUGAUCUUCGAGAUGCAAAGCAGUAUAUCAUCUGAUCAAAAUACUACCGGUCAUUGCCAUGAUGUUAUGCACAGAGCAAAUUCUUCAUCUUGUUUUUCUAACCCUUUGUGUGCCCCAAUGGACGCUGUAAGUGCACCUCAAAGCGAUGGAGUUGAAGUUAACUGUGAAACGAGUUCAUAUAAGAAUUCUGAAUUUUAUAAACUUCGAGAGAAAGAGCUCAAGUUUACAGCUGCAGGUUGGAAGCGCGACGGUAAUGGAAAGUGGUACAAAGAUGAAAAUGCCGAGUUUGAUUCAGAUGAGGAAGAUCCAAAUGAAUGCUUGAAGUGAGUUUGAGCAUAUCAUGCAAGAUGAUAAAAUCUCAUCUAUUCUGGGUAUGUUAUGAAUCUUAUAUUUUUUUACUUUGGGCUGUCUAUAUGAAUAUUUUCAUAUACACCAUGCUAACUGCUAAAGUUAUUACAUAAUUUUUUUUUUAAUAAAGUGAAUAAAUUAUAAUUUUAUUAAAAAGAAACUGAAAGAAAACAGUACAAACACGAGAAAUAAAGAACAACAAAAACAACAACACACAAAGAGUAAAGAAACUUUAACCAGCGGUGAGAUG